AUGGUCAAGUCAGAUGGUGCAAGACGGGGAAGCACUUUUGUUUUCCCCGGCCUUGCAAGGGUCUGGGGAAAGCUGGUUAGUGCUCAUACGCCAGGUCAGUUUGCUAUUAGUGCAGUCGACUUCGAGACAUCCACAGCACGCUCUCCAGCUAAUUUAUCAAGAGAUUCUCACCGUUUCUUAUCUUUAGAUCAUUGUACGCACCAUCACACAUUCAAGUCCUCAACCAACUACUUUCCUGCGAAUCGACGAAGCGCGUAUCAGGGCCACCAGGCGUGUAUAGCCAUAACCAGUUAUCUCUUGGAACGCAAUUUCUACACAUUAAUAUCCCAGGUCAUCCGACAGACACCUACGCAAUCCAAGAUAUCCCCUAGCCUCAUUUCCCUCGUCACGGCGCCACUCGCCACUUUCCCCUCGCCCUCCCCGUGCAUCAGCCCCAUAUUCACCCACAUUUUUACCAUUCCGCUUCUCCCAAACCGGAUCCCACUUGACUCGCUGUCUCGUUUCAUAACCCACAUCCCAUUCUCGGAUCGAUACGUCCUAGAGCAAUAUAGCGCCUUAAUAACCAGUUCCACGACUACAGAAGACAAAGUUCACCUCGUGGCAAACCUGCAAACCUAUGUUUAUUGCCCCUCACUACUCGAAACUCGGUGGCCGCUCUCUGUCAAUGUAUCUCCGUUUCCUUGCAGUCCAUCAUUCGUGGAGGUGGGGUAA